CAGCGAUGGUACAACAAAGCAUUAACAAUCGCAAAGCGUCAUGGAGCAUUUGUUGGUCCAGGUAUUAUUGCAAGUGUCGGAUAUACUGAUCCGGGAAAUUGGGUGACAGAUUUGGCAGCCGGUUCGCAAUUCGGAUACAAAUUAAAUUUCGUCAUUUUAAUGUCUGGUCUUUUUGGUAUCUUUUUGCAAAUUUUGGCUGUUCGAAUGGGUGUUGUGACCGGUGAUGAUCUGGCACGCAAUACUCGUUUACUCCUCUUACCUGAUGAUGACGGUCGCUUACGUUUUGGCUCCAAAGGAGUUCACAACAAUACACCAGACAAGCUCAAAUAUCGUACUUUGCGUAUCUUUACUCUGUGGGCGCUCUAUUUCGUAUCUGAAGGUGCUCUCAUCGCAACGGAAUUUGCCGAAUUGCUUGGAUCCGCUAUUGCACUCAACCUGCUAUUCCCUGGUCUACCUUUAUAUGGCGGUGUCUUGAUCACUUGUGCCGAUGUGAUGCUCUUCUUGUUCAUCUACAAACCACAAGGUAAUUUCCGAAUCUUUGAGCUUUUGAUAGCUACAUUGGUGAUGAUCGUAUUGGCAUGCUAUAUCGCCUUAUUGGUCCGUACUAAACCUAAUUGGGCAUUAGUUUUUGACGGAUACGUUCCAUCUUCUACUUUAGUCCAACCAGAAGCUCUCUAUACGGGUAUCGGUAUCAUUGGUGCUGUGAUUAUGCCACAUGCGAUGUAUCUUGGAAGUCACUUUUCCACCAUCAAUAGAAUUGACAGAAGCAAGAACUCGUUACGAUUUGAUAUGGAACCCGAAGUGACCGAAUCAAAUACAAGUAAUAAUCCUACGUCGUGGGCUCAACGUUCUUUUGGCGUUUUACGAACAUACAUUGCCAACCACUUCCCCUCCUUUGAUGCACAUUUGCGAAACAGAGGACAUCGUCAUACCAGAAGAGCUGAAGAACAAGCAACCGUCCCAGCUUUACGAUCUGAUCAGGUCCAAGAUCAAACAAAGGGACUAUGGCCUGUGCGAAUGACGAUUGCCGAAAUGAAGACGCAUUUGCCUCAUGCAGCCUGGGAUAUCGCUCUUUCACUGUUCUUCUUUGCGAUCACUAUCAAUUCUGCAAUCUUGGUUGUAGCAGGCGCAGCAUUUUAUUACGGCAACAACCGCUCGGCGCAAUUGAGUGAUUUGUACGACGCAUUCGAAUUAUUAAAGAGAACUCUUGGAGGAGCUUAUGCGAUCUUAUUUGCCAUUGCUCUUUUGGCUGCUGGUCAAUCUGCUUCAAUCACUUGCACUCUUGCAGGACAAAUUGUUUCAGAAGGUUUUAUCAAAUGGCGUACGAAUCCAUUCUUGAGAAGGUUGGUUACGAGAAUUAUCACUAUGAUCCCUUCAUUGGCAAUCGCAAUUGGAGUUGGAAGGCAAGGAUUGGAUGAGGCAUUGAUUGCUUCCCAAGUAACUCUUUCGUUUGCAUUGCCUUUUGUUCUGGUACCAUUGAUUGCCGUUACUUCGAUGAACAAAAAGAUGACAGUAGAA